UUUUAUCGGCAACCAAUAUGCGCCUCUGCGUCCAGUGUCCUACGGAGUUCCGCUAGAUCCUCUAUACUUUUUACAGCAGCAUCUGUCGCGUUAAGCGUGUAGUAUUUCACAUACAUGAAUAUUGCAUAUACAAUAUCAAAACAACGUAUCAGGUAUCAUUAUGGUAUCUAACGAAUCUUACACCAAGGCCUCUCCGGCAGGAGUCACGGAGAUCGACGAAAAAGCAUCGAAAUUCUACAACGGAUUGUCUGCAUUGCACCAGGAAACUCAAAAGGAGAGAUAACUCUGGUUGCAGAACCAAAUGCCAAUAAUGGAUCCAUACAAAAAAAACAUGUACCAACAAUGCAAUAUCCAUUAUACUGAUCUCUCACUCUUGUUGACCUGCUCACGAUAGAGCGCGACGUCAUGACAUGGCUCAAUCUACAAUCAUUCUCCAGGAUGGCCGAUCCAUGGCUCCAGCCUCCCAUCCAUGUAGACACCAGAUCUCCAAUAGAUCCCGCUUCUCCUGGAUCCAGCCAUCGAGCUCGCUUUGCUCCCCAGCGCCAUUAUGCUGGUAUCAAUAAUUAAAAUCAGCGAUGACAGUGAUCGCCGUUAAUACCACGAACACAAAUAAACAAGCUGUAUUACUUACUAUUCAAAUACUGUUUACCCAAAUAUACAAGAUAUCUUUUCGACAGGCUCCAAUAGAUAUUACCACAAAAUAACAGCCAUUCUCCUAAGCAUGUUUCAUAUUGUGUAACAAUCCUGGCAAAAUAGAUGUAAUAAUCUUUUCGUUUCCAGUAAAUAUUAUGGGUAGGAAGAGAACAAGGGCAAACUAUGAAAAAUGGAACAACAUAAAAACUCUUUACCUUAAUGUUUUCUACCAUGUUCCCCAGUUUAAAAACAAUUGUACAGAUGCCAGGUACCUAACGGGUAACAUGUGCACUUGCAACAGCUCUUGGCGUACCCGUUGGAAAAAUAUUGUACAUGUUACAGGUACGAUCACCAUUACGCACUGCAUCAUCCUUACGCUACGGGUAAAACAUAUAUUCUUCAACCAAUUACCAUAUAAAAGGGAGAUGCACCUCACAGAAACUAUCUCAGUCGCAACUAACUGUUCCUCGCAAUAACAUUGUUUUUGUUUAACAUUUUGCUAAAAGUGAACAGUCAGCAUCAAGCCAUCGUAUCACUAUGGCCUCUAACAACUCUACCAAAAAGCCAUCCUCGGAAAGAAUCCCGAACAUCGACGAUACGGUAUCGAAGUUUUAUAACGGAUUGUGCGCACUACAGCAACAGUCCAAAAACUUGCAGAAGCGAGACAUUGAACAACUUCUGAAGGCAGCCCUGGGAUGCGCUGAUAGCACUCAAAAGUACACACCUUCCUCGGAUACUUCCAGCUUCCUGCACAGUGACGACAGCAACGACAGUAGCCGGCUUCUGAUCGCUUCUGGAAGUGACCACAGCGAACAGUUGGAAUCGAGCGGAGAGACAUUUACCAGCACCACUUCAACCCUCAACGACAGCAGGCCAGUUCCCACCAUGAAGAAGCUGCACCCUUCCCGUCCACUCAGCCGAUGGCAUGCGCUGGUUGCGGUGAACAAUGAGGAAAUUCCGAUCGCGUACCACAAGAGCAUGGCUCGUCAGUUCCCGGUUAAGGAUCGCACCCCGGAGCAGAUGGAAGCGCGACGCCGAAAUAACGACGCGUCUCGUGUCAGCAGGGCAAAGUCGAAGAUGGCAGAACAAAUGAUGGAGAAGGAAGCAUCUGAACUCGAUACAGCCAAUACAUCCAUCAAGGAAAUGAUCGCUUCACAACUGGCCUACGCAAACGAGCUCUGUAAGCUGCUGGACAUACCAAGUGUGCAGCUGAGUACGUUUAAGCGAAUGGGUGUGUCGUCUUCUUAA